AUGCCGUCAAAAGUCAAAGUUUCGGCUGUCCAAACAUGCCCGGUAGCCUUCGACCUCACAGCGUCUCUUGACAAAUACGAGAAGCUCAUCGGUGACAUUCUACAAAAGGACAGAGCAGACCUGGUAGUGCUACCUGAAGCAUCACUAAGCGCAUAUCCCAGGUUUUUGGACUUUCAGAUCGGGACUAGAACGGACGAUAACAGAGAGUGGUUUAGUCAUUACGUCAAGUCCAGUGUAAAGGUACCCCUUGACGCGGUGGGAAAGGACUGGCUCAGCGAUAAACCGAUAUAUCGCGAAGGAGACGAUUUCUAUGCGUUUCAAAGGUUGUGUUUGGUAUCUAAGAAGCAGGGCAUCUACUUGUCGAUCGGCGUAGUCGAGCGCUCGCUUGUGGGCUCAACAUUAUGGUGCACGAACCUUCUCUUCUCCCCUAUAGGCGUACUCUUGUCAAAACAUAGAAAGCUUCAGCCUACCGCAGCGGAAAGGAUUGUUUGGUCUCAAGGCGAGGCUACCAACCCAGCUGCGAAUGGCGAGGUGGAAGACAACCUACCUGUGGUCCAAACCAAGAUCGGCAAAAUUGGCGGAUUGAUCUGCUGGGAGAAUUAUAUGCCCCUUGCGCGAUAUCAACUGUAUAGGAAGGGCGUGGAGAUAUACACCGCUCCGACGGCAGACAGCAGACCGACAAACCUGCCAAGUAUGCAACACAUAGCACAGGAGGGGAGAUGUUUCGUUAUCUCAGUCAACCAAUACCACGCUCCGUCAGAUUUCCCAGCGGACUAUCCGCCUUCACUCGCUCUGUCGCGAUCAGAAAAAGAGGAAAACAAAGCUUGGUCCAGAGGUGGUACGAGUAUCAUCGGUCCUUUGGGGCAGAUACUAGCCGGUCCACUAUGGGACCAGGAGGGUGUGAUCAAUGCGGAGAUCGAUCUCGAUACAUUGCACGGCGCAAGAUUGGACUUUGACGUCGCAGGACAUUACUCAAGACAUGAUACCAUGUUAGGACUGCUUAAUCUACCUGCUGCUAGUGCGGAGGAAGCUUUUUAG